CAGAGAUCGUUCUCGAAGAGAACCCAAGCCUCUCGGUGACUGUUUGCGGUUUCUUCAUUCGCGCAAGGGCGAUGGCGUCUACGACAUUCCAAGCGCAGCCUCUCCGUGCACCCCUCAACGACCACGCUAUCUCAUCGCUCAAAGAACUUGCCAAAGACAGAUCUCGAACCAUAAAACUAGCCAAGUAUCUCAAGGACGCCUCUGAGCAGCUAGCUCAAACCGUCGACCAACUCAACGAGGCUGGCUACUACCGACGCAUAAAGUAUGAAAGACAGCGAAAGCGGCGAGAUGGACAGGAAGACGGAGACAACGCGGCGGAUCAGGAACAUGAACAGUUCCAAAAGAAAGUCGAAAGCCUUACAAACAAGAUGGACAUGAGCAUUCGAGCCAUUGUUGACGACCAAGUUUGGUUGGAGGACCUACCAGAUGUGAUAAAGGAGACUGUCAACAAGGCCGGGCAAUCAUCUACGCAAACUCAGCAGUCAUCAUUCGAUCCCACCCCCAUGCGAUCUGGUCGACGAACGAUCGCGGAUGAAGAUGAGGACGAAGAAGAAGACGAGAACAACCGCAUUCUAGAAACGCAAUCCGCUCCUCAUCCCUCUGACGCGCCGCACAUUCUUCUUGCGGCGGCACUCCAGAAGCAAAACAAAUCUUGGUCCACGAAGACCCCCACCGAGAAAUAUGCGCAUCACAAUUUCUACACUGGCUUCAAGCGUUUGCUAUAUGACGCUCUGCAUCCUGGUGAAGAACAACCGCCAAUGCCUGACCCGGGCUUAUGGUUCGCCGCUGAGGAAGGUCGAGAAGUCAUAUCCUCCCAAAGACACCGUAGUGGCGGCUCCGACAGUGAGGGUAGCGACUUCGAAAUUGCCUCCGAAACGACCCGUAUAAAAUGCCCGAUCACCUUACUUCCUUUCCAGGACCCGGUCACGUCCCGGAGAUGCAAACACUCCUACGAAAGAGAAGCAAUCUUAAACAUGCUCAGAACAUCCAAGGACCACGCUUCUCUCGACCAGGAGCAACUUGUGGAACUUAGUCAGAUCUCCCAUCGAGGAGAACGAGCGCGCCGCGAAAAGGAAAUGCAAGUCCGCAUGGUGAAGUGCCCGGAGUGCAAUGUCCCGCUUAUGGAAGGUGAUCUUGAGCCGAACCUACCCUUGAAACGACGUGUGCAGAGACUCCUCUCCCGCGCCCAGCAGAGGAAUCGAGCUGAAACUGCGACGAGUGAUGUCGAUGAAGACGAAGACGAUGAUGGCGUUCGAGGCACCCAGAGAAUUCCCGUUGGUCUGACGUCGAGUCCUGUGGCGCCGUCUACAGCCAGAAGUAAGAGGAAUUUCAAGGCCGAGAGAUUGUCGGGUGUAGUUCCGCAGACGCAGUUGUCCUCCAGACCUGGUACAGCGCAAAGUGGGAGUGGAACACCUUCUGGGAUGCAGCCGCCGAGUUCGACCGCCCGGACAACGACUAUCCUAGAGCUCGGGGAUGAUGAUUAGGUACAGCUCGUUUGAUGCGUGUCAGUGUGGCUGUGGGUAGACUGUGCAAGAACAGAGAACAAUUGAUGUACGGAAAUGACUUG